CCAGCACACGCACUCUGACGCUUUGUCUCAUUCGUUUUCGUACAGAAACCCUAAUUUCUCUCACCAUUUCCGUCGUUUCCCUUUCCACAUGGACAACAACAACGGCAUCCAGAGGAGAAGAGCUAUUGGGGAAGACGAUCAGACAAGCAAUCAACGCCGUCGAAAUAACCCAGCGGUAAUGGUGACGAACGAGCCUCAAAACGAACGGGUCCAGUCUGAAGAUGACAACAACAAUUGGAACGGAAGAAGAGUUUGGGAAGACGAUCGGGCAACGAAUCAAGUGGUGGUGAUGAACGAGCCUCGAAACGACGGCGUACAGACUGGUGACGAUGACGACGCACGCCUCCUUCCUCUUUCACUGAGUCUGCGACCACCAACAUCGUACUCCUCUCAGAUCGCGCCGAUGACGUCUCCGCCGCCGCUUCGUCUAGCACCACCGUCGCCUGUGAUGCAAACGUGGCCGCCACGUUACUUGAUGACGCGAUUCCCUCCGUCGUCUCAGCCUUAUUUCGUGACAUCGCCGUCGUAUCUGUUGUCAUCGUCGCUCAGCUACUCGACACUGUCUCGAGGAUCGUCAACACCGAUUCAGCCACCGUACGCUCCGUCGUUUGAUUUCCUCACUCCGGCAAGACCAGUAGCCACAGCGGUUGAGAGUACACGGCGGAGUUACAGAUCGCAAUCAAGCCGUAACCGAAAAGACGAAACAAUCCCGCCGCCGUAUCCAUGGGCGACUAACAAACGUGGAACGAUACAAAGCCUAGAGAAUCUCGAAUCGAAGCAGAUCACCACCAUCACCGGCGACGUACAAUGCAAGCACUGUGAUAAAGUGUAUCAGAUAAGUUACAAUCUGAGGGAGAAGUUCUCCCAAGUAGAGAACGUCUUCGUGACGCGCAAGAGGCUCAUGAGAGAACGAGCUCCCACGUUUUGGACUAACCCAGACCCGAUGAGAUGCGACCUUUGUGGCCGUGACAAGGCCGUGAAGCCGGUCAUUGCUGAACGGAAGAGUCAGAUCAAUUGGUUGUUUUUGCUUCUCGGACAGAUGUUGGGUUACUGUACGUUGGAGCAACUCAAGAAUUUCUGCAAACACUCCAGGAGUCACCGGACCGGAGCUAAGGAUCGUGUGCUUUACUUGACGUAUCUGGGUCUUUGCAGGAUGCUUGAGCCUAACCGUGAGCUCUUUAACCGUGAAACCUCUAGGUGGUAAGCUGGUAACUGGUAAGGUGGUAAGGUUGUUUCUAUCUUUUUCUUCUACUUGGAUUGUUGCUUUUUUAAUUCGGUACAUUUUAUGUUAAUAAUUGGGUGAAAAAUGCAAUUGUAUUGCAUGGAUUUGAUCCCUUUGUCGU